AUGGAGUUCAGACCUCGCAAUUACAGUGCCGAAAAGCAAGCCCACGCGCUUCCGCGAGUAAGAGCGGACGAUCACCCUCUCUCCGCUCCAUCGUCUCUACCUCACCUCCAGGUUGAGGUCGCGGACCAUGGGGAUACGGAGUUUUUUGACCCGCUAAGAAGGUCCGAUAACAAUGCCGAAGCUGCUAGAGAGGAUUUAGUAGACAUUGAAACCAGUUCUGGGGCAGGGCUCUCCAGUGAAGCUUCUAUUCAAAAUCCAUCUAAAGAAUGGGCCUCUUUUAAGAGAUCCCUGGUGCAGAGGUUUCCAGUCUCCAAAACAGUUUCAACUUCUUCAAUGUCCGAUGUGAUGGUGAAAGGCAGGAAAACAUAUGAGAAAUCUUCAACAAGUAUGCAUUUGGAGGAACUGGACGAUCCGGAAAAAUUUGCAGAAGAGGGUGGCAAGGUCAUCACAGGGCAGGAAUAUGUUUCCCAGUUGCAUGAACUUAAAGCUGAAUUAACUCGUGCAUGGCAUGCUGAUGAUCGUGUGACAUCCUUGAAAAUAUCAAUAAAAGUUGCUAGGCUUUUGAUGGAUACAUCUGUUUUACAAUGCUAUCCUACACUCUUUGCUCUUGCUACGGAUAUUUUGGAUAUGCUUGGGGAUAUGGUAUGGGAACGCAUCAAAUUGAAAGCUGAAUUUGAUGAAGAUGAAACCAAAUUCUGCUUCUUACCAGAGAACUUUUCAGCAAGUGAUGUUUGCUCUGAUGCCAAAGAAACUUGCAAGAACUGGUUCUGCAAAAUUGGUGCUGUCCGAGAGCUUCUUCCACGCAUUUAUUUGGAGCUGGCAUUAUUGCCUUGCUGGCGUUUCUUGGUUGACAAACCUCUUGACAGUCUCCGGCGCUUGGUAAUGAUGACGAGAGGGUUAGCAGAUCCAUUGGCAUCUGCCUAUUGCCGUCUGUAUAUGUCCCAUUGUAUGAGGAAGUUGCCUUCACUUGAUACAGGAUGCCUGCUCACUUGUGCGAAUGACUUCAAAAUUGUGUUGAUGCGGGUCAUAUCAGCAGAGGAAACCAGUCAUGGAAAUUUGAGUGACAACAAAAGAUUGCUUGUCGGUCUGAUGGAACCCACCAUUGAGUUUAUCAUGAAAUGCAUAUUUAAGAACAUGUCUGAGAGACAAGUAGGUGAUGUGCUCGUUGAGCUUGGACUUGGGGACAACCAAGUGGAGUUGUUUGGAAGGUUCCCAUAUGUCUCAAUUGUUCUUCAUCAUCUACUCAAGCAACUUCCAUCGGAAGUAGUUAGCUCAAGGGCUGUGGAGAUCCUUCGUCUCAUUGAGUUAAGUAAUGAUGAUUCCUUUGAUCAGGUUGGUUGUGAAAGAUCUCAAAUUGACACUGCCAAUGCUGUGGUGGACAAAGCCAUCCAGGUUAUUGUUCAAUAUGACGGCCUUGAUGAGUACUUGAAGGUUGCGGAUGCUUAUGUGGAUAUUAUCCUUCAAAAUCAUAUGGAUGACCAUCUGAACUCCAUUUUAGAAGGUAUUUCAAAACGAGCAUGCAGUGAAGAGAUCGCUGAUGAUGAAAUGGCAACCUUGCAGUCCAUCUUGGUGAAGCUUCUUUCUUAUUACAAGGAUUUAGAAGACAUAUUUUCCAUGAAUCAUUUUCUCAAGAUCUUGGAUCUAAUGUAUGGAAGUUCACGAAGCAUCGUCAAUAUGCAUAUCCUUGAUAUAGGGAUAAGGAAUGGUUGUAUACGUGAUCCGCGAACCAUACAGUUUCUUCUUGAAAUUUCUCAGGCUCUACAUCAGGACGAAAAUUUUGGGAAUCUAAAAGAUGAUACUAACCAACCAGCACGUUUGAUUUCUCAGUUUGUAUCUCUGGUUGAUUAUGGGGCAGAGAUGGAGAGUCAGUUGGCAUUCUUAGUUGAAUGCCGUGGAUCUUUUGGUGGCAUUCGUGGGCUUAAGGAAACUCUUAUUCACUCCAGUAAUUGUUUAGCGAUUAAGGCUUUGAAAGAUGGGAAUAGGCAUCUUGGUUUCGUGAAAUCCUGCAUAGCAUUUUCUGAAGUCACAUUACCUUCUAUUUCACCCCAGAUUAGACAGUUAAAUCUUUAUCUUGAGACUGCAGAGGUAGCUCUACUGGGUGGCUUAAUUUCCCAUUCGGAUGGACUGAUUGAUUCAGCAAUCAACUCUUUGCAAAUUUUAGAUGUACUGGAUGGCUCCAGAACACCAAUUGAUGCUGAUGGAGUACUCUCCUCAAUUCAAAAAUUAUUUAGUCUCUUGGUUAUGGUUCCAGGUAAUCUUGAGCAUGGAGUUACGUACUUACCAAAGAACUUGGUGUUGCUGAUCAACUCACAGUCAUGGAUGACUCCAAGAAUGAGGGUGAAAUUUUUUUGUGCAAUUGUUUCGCUCUUAGCGGCACUAUCUCAACAAAAUCUUCCUUAUCAUACAGAUAAUGGAAAGCUUCUAGGAAAUGACGUAUUGUUCUUUGGUGAUUCAUCAUAUCUGCAUGAGCUUGCCUCAUUGUGCCAGUUUGUUCUUCAAAACCUGGUUGAUGCUAUUCAACAAGAACCUUCCAUGACUGCUCGUGGGAGCAUGGCGCUUGAAGCUUGCAACUACAUUGCGUCAUCUUUGAUUAGAGAGUGA